AUGACGUUUCUCCGAAAUCACUCUUACAUGCUGGCCCAGGAGAGAUACGAGGAUUCCUCAAUCUCGGGACGACCGAAAGGAGCAGUAACGACCAAUCUCCGGAGUAGUGCCCCCGCCGUUCCAACUAAGGUGCACACGGCUACAGUACAGCAAAGUAAUUGUCCUAUCUGCGAUAGCGAUCAUCUAAUUGAAACUUGUGACGGGUUCAGGAAGCUGAGCGAGAAGAGCCGAUAUGCGAAGGCGAAGCAGUAUGGCCUUUGCUUCGCGUGCCUGAAGAGAGGACAUCGAACUGUCAACUGCAAGACUGAUACCAGCAGAUUGUGUGAAUGCCAGAAGAAGCACCAUCCCCUGAUGCACUUCGAGGAGAAGUGCGAGAAGACGGAGACAGCAACGAGCAAUGCUGAGACGAGACCAAUCGCUCGAAGCUCUACUACAACACAGGAGACACCGAAGAUGGUUGCAAAAUGCGAAGUUCCAGCCUUGACGGCUUCGGCGCAUACGCAGGUGUUGCUGGCAACGGCAGUCAUCGAUGUAAUUGACAGAAGCGGUGUAGCGCAUAGAUGUCGUGCGUUGCUAGACACUUGUGCAAUGGCGAACUUCAUAUCCCAGAGAAUGAGUGACGUGCUGCGUCUUCAUAAGAAAUGUGUAAACGUGCCAGUAAUUGGAGUGAACGGAACCCGAACAACGGUGAAAUUCAAAGUGAACGCCACCGUGAAGUCCAGGAGAACAAAUUGCGAUUUAUCUGUAGACUUUUUGAUAGUACCUCGUAUAACUGGCGCGCUACCUCCGAUGGAGCUGGAUGCUUCAAAGUGGCCGAUUCCGAAGCAGAUACUGUUGGCAGAUCCAAGGUUCUUUUGUUUCAGCCGAGUGGACAUGCUUAUUGGAGCCGAAGUUUUCUACGACCUGAUGGGAAGCGGCAAGAUACGGAUGUCAAACGAUCAUCCACUAUUGCAGGAGAGCCUUCUAGGAUGGCUAGUCGCUGGAACAGUCAGCGCCGAUCGAAACGUUGGCAGUGUCAAGGUUUUGCAAGCUACUUCAUCCGAUCCCAGGGACGAACAACUUAACACUCUGUUGGAACGCUUUUGGAUGAUCAAUGAACAAACGGCCGAGCCCUUGAACAAUGACUGUGAAAGACACUUCCUUGAAACGUAUUCCAGAGGAGAGGAUGGACGAUAUACCGUUCAGCUUCCAUUUCGAGACGAUCCUGGUCAGCUUGGAGACUCCAGGAAUCAAGCGAAGAAGAUGUUCAAGGCGCUGGAGAACAGGCUUGAAAGGCGGCCAGAAAUGAAAAGGCUGUUUUCGGAUUUUAUCCACGAGUAUCUGAAGCUUGAUCAUGCUAGGAUACUGGAUCCUAAAGAAGUAAAUCCUGAAAAGGGAUAUUAUCUUCCGCAUCAUUGUGUGUUAAAGCCUGAAAGCUCAACGACAAGGUUGCGGGUAGUAUUUAAUGCCUCCGCAAAGACCACUAACGGUGCAUCAUUGAAUGACAUUUUAAUGGAUGCUCCGACAGUGCAAAAACCUCUUUUUGAUAUCAUGCUGCAGUGGCGGCUACCUAAAUACGCCUUUACGGCUGACGCUCAGCGCAUGUAUCGACAAGUGAAGAUAGACGGCGCCCAUACAAAGUAUCAGCGAUGUUUGUGGAGAGACGACAGGACUCAGCCCAUUCAAGAUAUCGAACUGCUGCGUGUGACAUAUGGUAUUGGACCAGCAGGAUUCUUGGCAACACGAUGCCUGAAUCAAUUGGCCCAGGAUGAGCGGAACAGUUUUCCUGAAGCAAGCGCCGUAGUGAUGAAGUCCUUUUAUGUAGAUGACGUACUUUCGGGAGCAGAUACCCUGGAAGGGGCUAAACGAUUGCGAGAGGAUCUACAGCAGCUACUAAACAAAGGUAGUUUCAAACUGCAUAAGUGGUGCGCUAAUGAUCCACAGUUGCUUCAUGGGGUGCCCAUAGAGGAUCGAGAGAAACAGCUUAAUUUCGACGAUACCAGCGGGGUCAUCAAGACGCUGGGGCUUCUUUGGGACUCAGAGAGAGACAGCUUCCUGUUUCGCGUUAGAACAAUGACUAAUACAGAAGUACCGACGAAGCGUGAAGUACUAUCCGAAAUUGCGAAAUUAUUUGACCCCCUCGGAGUACUAGGGCCGAUAGUAGUAGUUGCCAAGUUGGUGUUUCAGCAACACUGGCGUAAAAAUGUAGAUUGGGAUGACCCGAUCCCUGAUGAGGAGCUCGACGUCUGGAGCAGACUGAGGACAGAAUUGUGCAACAUCAACGACAUGAAGAUCCCGAGACGAGUGACUGUGGAUAAUACGAUAGCUUUGGAAAUCUAUGGUUUUUCGGACGCAUCUCAGAAGGCGUAUGGAUGUUGCGUGUAUUUGAAGAACGUAACUGCUAACGGUGCAAUCGAAGUGCGGCUUCUUUGCGGGAAAUCGAGAGUUACUCCAUUGAAGGAGUCGGAGAGGAAGGAAAGGGAUGGAGCAUUACCAGCGGAAAUGACUAUCCCCAGGUUGGAGCUAUGUGCGGCGAGAUUGUUAUCCAGGCAGAUCAAAACAGUGCGCGAAACCCUAGACUCUGACAUAAGUCGGGUUGUUCUAUGGUCAGACUCGAAAAUAGUGCUCUCGUGGCUAAAGAAGACUAAACCAGAACAAUCAGUAUUUGUGCGAAAUCGUGUGAAUGAAAUACUAAGAUUAAACCCCGACGUUGAGUGGAACUAUGUUAGCACGAAGGAAAAUCCGACGGACAUGGUAUCGCGUGGUGUGCAACCAAAUGAAUUGCUGCGUAGUGAUUUGUGGUGGAACGUACCGGGCUUCCUCCGUGCUACUAACGAUAUGACGGAUCCAAGAGCCGAAGAUAAUGUAGAUGACCUUUCAGAAGAAGAUUGUGUUGUGGUUGGAAUAGUGACGGCUUCGGCCAACGGUAACUAUCAAUACGAACUUAUCAUGGCGUGUAGCAGCUUCAGGAGGCUGCAGCGAAGAUUUGCUUACGUGUGUCGGUUCAUUUACAACUGUCGGGCGAAAGGGCUUGGCAAGAAAAGGAGAUCCGGAGCUAUUGGUGUGAUGGAUUGGCGUGCCGCUGUAUAUUGUAUGGUACGCAUAGUUCAGCGGGUUGUGUACUACGAAGAGAUCAGCAACAUUCAACAAGGUGAACAUGUGAAGGGAAAACUAAGAAACUUCAACCCUUUCUUCGAUGAGAAAGAGAGACUGCUGAGAGUCGGCAGUCGGAUCAAGUACUCCGAUUUGCCGAGAGAUCAGAAACAUCCGAUGAUCAGCCCUGAACGUCACCAUUUCACAGAAAUCGUUAUUGAGGCGCUGCACCAAGAGGAGCUGCACGUCGGAUUGAACGGCCUGAUGGCAAAGAUAAGAAGACAAUUCUGGCCAGUCGACGCAAAAGGCACUAUAAAUCGAGUAGUCAGAAGAUGUGUGAAAUGCUUUCGUGCGAAUCCUCGGGAUGUGCAGCAAUUCAUGGGAGAUCUGCCCAGAGUCCGAGUCACCAUGACCCAACCAUUUUCACGUACGGAUGUGGACUACGCGGGCCCUUUUUUCAUCAAGCAAGGGCGAUCGAAGGCUCCGUGCAAGGCGUAUGUCUGUGUUUUCGUAUGCAUGUGUACGAAGGCUAUUCAUUUGGAACUUGUGACUUCAUUGACGACAGAAGGGUUCUUACAGGCUCUGCUGCGUUUCGUUGGACGGUGUGGAAAUGUGUCAGACAUAUAUUCUGAUAAUGGAACCAAUUUUAUUGGGGCCAAACGAGAACUUCAGGAAUUAUUUCAGCUUCUGAAGUCGCAAAUUCUGCAAGAGAAGAUAGCAGGCUUCUGUCAGCCACGUGGAAUAAACUGGCAUUUGGUACCACCGAAGGCUCCCCACCAGGGUGGGCUGUGGGAAGCUGGUGUCAAGGCCGUGAAAACUCACCUAAACCGAACGUUGAGGGAGGAGUAUUUGACAUACGAGGAAAUGAAUACCCUCUUAAUCCAAAUCGAGGCCAUAUUAAACUCACGACCGUUGGUUGAACAGAGCAAUGAUCCAGCAGACUACGAAGCUUUUAGCCCUGGACAUUUUUUGAUCGGCCGAGAGUUAACGGCGGUUGCUGAGCCAUUGUAUACUGAUCGGAAGGAAUCGCUGCUCUCUAGGUAUGAACUGGUUCAACAUCGGAAGCAGUCGUUUUGGUCAAGGUGGUCGAACGAAUACAUCACUGGGUUACAGAAACGUGGGAAGUGGUAUAAACAUCCUGAUCUACUGCGAAACGGACUUCUUGUAUUGCUCAAGGAAGAAAACCUGCCCCCACAAACAUGGAAGUUAGCAAGGAUUGUUGAGACGCACCCCGGCAACGACGGGAUUGGCCGUGUUGUUACCGUUUAG